AUGCUUGCUAAGACACUUCUCCAAACGUCAGGACUUUUGCUCACUCAGCUGGGAGCCGCUUUCGCAGCUUCUUCUGAGUUUAUUAUGUAUGGUGGUCUCCAUUCAUCUGAUUUUCCACCAGGAUCCUCUGUUGUCCUUCAAUAUAACAAAGACAACAUUGUGGGAGUCUUCCCUGACUGCUCGACCUGCUACAACUUCACCGGAUUUAUCACCGACGAAGGCUAUUACGAGAUCACUCAGACCUCACAGGGCUACUUAGACAAUCCACUCUAUUGGACUAUUAACGACGACACUGGUUUGGUGACUGUCAACACCACCGGUUCCACUGAGCCAAUUGUGAUCCAAACUCACUUUGUCUACUACAGCGGAACGAUGCUUUACUCCUUUAAAGAAGUCGAUUACAACUCGACGUACUACUUGUACUUCCAAGGAAUUGAUGGUGGACUUUCCGACCUUGGCACUAACUACACUGCUACAUUGGUGCCAAGAUUUGCUAAUGGAUCUUACUAUAUGUCCUACCAGCCAGACGAGGCAACAACAACUGAUGAAUUGUCUACCACCAUGAGUCACAUUCUUGGUAGCUCUACCUCAUCCAGCUCCUCUAGCACAUCGAGCAGUUCUUCAACCUCUACUUCGUCCGCAAGCUCCACCUCGAGCUCCUCCUCAUCCGCAGGAGCGGCAACACUGGCCGGUGUCUCUUUUGGAGGUGCUGCUUUGCUUCUGAUGAGCCUUGUGUUCUGA